CAUCACUUCGUGUAACUUGUUCUCUGUACUUGUCAUUCAGCUAUCCCAGGAAUUCAGCACUACAUGCUAUCAGCCAGUUCGCCACAAUAAGGACCUUCUGUCCAAACCGCAUUACUCGUUACCGAUACAGUAUCUUGAGUUGUCAAUAGUAGAACACUCUGGGAAAGGCGCAGUUACGUACGCUGAUGCUCUGAAUGCCUCAUCACGGACAGUGCACUCAUGUCAGCAAUUUCCAACCGUGAGAUUGGUCUUUAAGGAGACCCCCGCCCUGCCCCCCAAGAGCCUCGGCUGCGUCCUUGACCCGUGUCACAUCCUCUUCAUCCCCUCGUCGUCUUCUUACAUGCUCUUACAUGAAGAGAGGAGAGAAACCAGAGGGUUACAGGCAGAUGAGACCCAAAACGUUCCCUGCCAGCAGCUACAGCGGCAACAGCCAACACAUGCUGCAGGAAAUCCGGAACAGUUUGCGUAAUCUGUCGAAGCCCUCCGACCCACCGAAAGUGGACUUCAGUGGGAAAAUGCUCCCAGAGGACCUAAGGCAACAGGGGCGCUGCUUUAACCCCAAGAACCCUCAUCAUAAAGCCUUGCAGGAGAUCCGAGAGUCCCUGAUGCCUUUUGCCAAUGAGCCCAGCACUUCAGCGGAGCUCAACAAACACAUGUCAAUGGAACCUCCGUUUGCUGGGUUUGAGGAGACGACUGGUCGCAGUGUGGGGACAACUGUUGACUACAUGGCAAAGGUGACCUACCAGGACUCAAUGAGAGAACAGAUGGUUGUCCCCAAUCCAAGCACCGCAUGUCUCAAACCCCCAGGCACGACUCACAUGCAGCAGUCCCUACUCAGGAGACCCAGCUGGAAAGGCUCUAAAGAGUCCCUGGCACCUCGACAUGCAAUGAUGUACCGCUCCGACAGUCCAGGGCCCCCGCCUGGCUUCCCGCAGGGACACCCUGGCAACAGCCAGAGAGUCAAUCCUCCCAUGCCACCUCAGGUGCGCAGCGUCACGCCUCCGCCGAACCGCGGGCCGAUGCCUUCUGCGUCUUCCUGGGACAGCAACCCAUCGACCAAGCGCUACUCUGGCAACAUGGAUUAUCUUGUGCCUCGCAUCUCUCCGGUGCCUCAGGGUGCCUGGGCUGACGGUUAUCCAAGCGCGUCACCUCAGAACCAGCGUGGGCUCAGCCCAGUUCCCGUGGGCCACCAGCCUAUCAUCAUGCAAAGCUCUGGAGGAAAUAAGUUCACCUUCCCGUCCGGCUGGACUCAGAAUGGCUCACCUCAGGCAGACUACAUGGCAAGUAGCAGCAGGCAGCUUCCUCCCCCCUACCCAGUCAACCAGAGCAGCCGACACAGUCCCACUGACCAGCAGAUGCAGGCGGGGGGGCCCGCUUCUUCUCAGUCAUACGUUAAUGGAGUGAACAUCCCUCAGUCCAUGAUGGUUCCCAGUCGGAACAGUCACAACCUUGAUAUGUACAACAUAGGGCCUCCCCAUUCCUGGUCUCAAGGCUCCCUCACCCCUAACCAGCCCCAGUCUUCAUCAGGAAGUAGCAGCAACCAGGAUCUGUCUCCAUCAUGGCAGCACGGCAUGCUAGUGCGCUCCAACUCCUUCAACAGCAGAGCCGGCCACCCCGCCAGCUCCCAGCCGUCUGCCACCACGGUCACUGCCAUCACACAGGCGCCCAUCCUGCAGCCCGUUAAAAGCAUGAGAGUCCAGAAACCCGAACUGCACACCGCCGUUGCCCCCACACACCCACCGUGGAUGCAACAGCCCACUCCCGCUGCCCCCGCUUACCCAGAGCCCUCAGCCCCCGUUCCUCAGAUUCCUGUCGUAGCAGAGGUACCCAGCUACCAGGGGCCCCCUCCACCUUACCCCAAGCACCUCCUCCAACAGCAAGCUGCACCGUCUCCGCCGGCAUACGACCAAGGGGUCAGUAAGCACGGCGCAAGCAGGGAGGAGCCCGCGGAAGACGAGGGCGCUUUGGGGGACAACGGCACGCGAGAGAAGGUAGCAGAAAGUCCAGAAAGCAACGUGGCGACCGAAAAGGAGAAGAAGCAGAUCACGACAUCGCCUGUACCCGUGCGUCGCAACAACAAGGAUGAGGAGCGGAGGGGGGAGUCGGGCCGUGUGGCUUUGUAUUCCCCGCAGGCCUUUAAAUUCUUCAUGGAACAACAUGUGGAGAACAUCCUUAAAAACCAUCAGCAGCGUAUCCGGAGGAGGAAACAGCUGGAGAGUGAGAUGCAGAGGGUGGGGUUGUCGUCAGACGCCCAGGAGCAGAUGCGCAUGAUGCUCUGCCAGAAAGAGUCCAACUACAUCCGGCUAAAGCGGGCCAAGAUGGACAAGUGCAUGUUCAAACGAAUCAAGACCCUCGGCAUCGGGGCCUUUGGCGAGGUGUGCUUGGCCAGGAAAGAGGACACUGGAGCUCUGUACGCUAUGAAGACCCUCCGGAAGAAGGACGUGCUGCUCAGGAACCAGGUGGCUCACGUCAAGGCCGAGAGGGACAUCCUGGCCGAAGCCGACAACGAGUGGGUGGUGCGUCUCUACUAUUCUUUCCAGGACAGGGACAACCUGUACUUCGUCAUGGAGUACAUCCCCGGAGGGGACAUGAUGAGCCUUCUUAUCCGACUCGGAAUCUUCAAGGAGGAGCUGGCUCAGUUCUACAUCGCCGAGCUCACCUGCGCUGUGGAAAGCGUCCACAAAAUGGGCUUCAUCCACCGCGACAUCAAGCCAGACAACAUCCUCAUCGACCGAGACGGACACAUUAAGCUCACCGACUUUGGCCUCUGCACUGGAUUCCGCUGGACUCAUGACUCCAAGUAUUACCAGAGUGGGGACCACGUGAGGCAGGACAGCAUGGACUUCAGUAAGGAAUGGGAGGAUCCAGCCAACUGCCGCUGCACAGACCGUCUGAAGCCUCUGGAGAGGAGAAAGGCCAGACAGCACCAGCGCUGCUUGGCCCACUCGCUGGUGGGGACGCCCAACUACAUUGCACCGGAGGUUCUGCUCAGGACAGGAUACACCCAGCUAUGCGAUUGGUGGAGUGUGGGCGUCAUUUUGUACGAGAUGGUGGUCGGACAGCCUCCCUUCUUAGCAACCACACCCCUCGAGACGCAACUAAAGGUUAUCAACUGGAAGAACACCUUGCACAUCCCCCCACCAGCCAAGCUCAGCCCGGAGGCGUCCGACCUCAUCGUGAAGCUAUGCCGUGGCCCCGACGACCGCCUCGGCAAGAACGGCGCCGACGAAAUCAAAGCCCACCCUUUCUUCAAGACCAUCGACUUCUCCAGCGACUUGCGGCAGCAGGCGGCGCCGUACGUCCCAACCAUCGCCCACUCCACGGACACGUCCAACUUUGACCCCGUGGACCCCGAGAAGCUGUGGAGCGGCGACAGCGACGGCGAGGACGACCUCGACGACACGGGCUGCUGGUUCCGCAACGGCAAGCACCCCGAGCACGCCUUCUACGAGUUCACCUUCCGCCGCUUCUUCGACGACAACGGCCACCCGUACAGCUGCCCCAAGCCCAUCGCGUACGAGGGCCUCGACGAGGACGAGGCGGACUCCGAGGGCCCCGAGCGGGAGGCCCCAGGUGGCCCGCCGGCUCAGGGCCGAGACCUCGUCUACGUGUAGCGUUUCCAGACCUCGUAGAGAUACUUUGUUGGACAGGUACUGUGGUAGGACAGUGUGUUUGUGUAUAGGAACUGCUGACAUUCGCCCCCUGCGGUUCACUGCAGCAUCCAAUGACCUUGGCUGACUUAUUUUUACUUGACGAUUCAAACACUUAGUAGCUGCAAAAUGGGACAUUUGAUUACGUGGCAACUUUUGAACUUAAACUGUUAUCAAAAAGUUUGGGAUAUUGGGCUUUGGAGUGAAAUUUCAGGAUGAAUGUGCUAACAGUAAACCCUGGCUAUUUGCUGGUGCUGCCACAAGUAGCGAAACGCUGCGAGUAAUUGACAGCCCCACACAAGACGGCGGCAAAGCACUAUUUUUGCCUAAAUGAACCUCUUUAACUCAUUUGAACAAAGUUCCUUGACAAGAUGCCACAAGAUGGUGGAAAAGUAAUACUUUUGUGUUUUGGGUUGAGCACCAAAACAGCAAAUAGGUGUGUUUUUCCAGCAAAUAAUGGAGGAUAGGUUCCCAAAAAACGUGUGAAUGCCAAACCAUAUAUAUGUGGGGGUUGACAUAACCUUAAGUUGCCCUUCUCUAAAGGUUUGCAUGUCCCACUGUUCAGUACUUUUUGCCUAACUCGCUGUUCUCCAAUACAUUUCCUGGUUCAGGUAAAAUUCGUAGAAUUUAAACCCUCCUUUUCAUGCUGUUCAUAUUUUGACAACACGAGACCAAGACGAACACAACCCAUCCAUCCAUCCAUUUUCUGAGCCGCUUCUCCUCACUAGGGUCGCGGGCGUGCUGGAGCCUAUCCCAGCUGUCAUCGGGCAGGAGGCGGGGUACACCCCUGAACUGGUUGCCAGGUUGCCAACAACCAUUCUCACCUACGGGCAAUUUAGAGUGUUCAAUUAACAUGCAUGUUUUUGGGAUGUGGGAGGAAACCGGAGUGCCCGGAGAAAACCCACGCAGGCACGGGGAGAACAUGCAAACUCCACACAGGCGGGGCCGGGGAUUGAACCCGGGUCCUCAGAACUGUGAGGCUGACGCUCUAACCAGUCGGCCACCCCACCGUGCCGCCCGAACACAACCCUUGAACAAGAAUUCCUCGCCAUUGUAAGCUUCAAACAGGAUGUUCUCAGAUGGAAGUGGCCACUGGGCUUAGUGUCAUUAGCAGGUUGCAACAGAGAGACUGGAAGACUCACAGAAAGGCAUAGACUUGGAUGUCCUUGGAAAUACUAAUGAAUCAAAUGCCUGUUGUCAGUUUUGCCAUUGGACUUCUUGUUAGAGAACAGCAAGUUGUGCAAAAACUACUGAAACAUUGCACAGGUCCAAAUGGACUUCAGCUGUGAAGGUUUCGUACAUUUUAUUUUAAUUCCGAAAUUUCACGCGACAGCACAAUAUCCCAAACAUUUUGUGCAUCGUGUAGUUUGAAGACGAGCAAAAGCGUUUCCAAAUGGAAUCAUGCUGGUCGCUCAUCAGCUGGUUAACUGUACACCUAUCCAAACUUAAUUUGGGACAAAUUGCCCUCAAUCUCUUCUUUUCAUUGGCUCCUGAAAGUGCUUAAUUUAUGAAAGAAAUCCCAACUGGCGCUGUUCACUUUUCGUGUGGGUACUUUGAAUCUUUAUUAGUAAUUUAUGUUUUGACUGUCUGUCGCAACUGGGACUUUAGUGAGAUGACUCGUAGAUCAUUAUUGAUUGCUUCAUUGAGGUGCCUUUUUAUUUUUUCACCAAAUAUACAGUUAAUUAAUUAUCAGACUGGCAUUAAAUGUGUAUGUAGAAGUAGACCAUUGAUUGAACUACAGUAGCUUUGUUUUAUUUUUCUAAUUUAUACCCAUAUUUAUAAAUGAACUUGUACACAAUUGAUGUAAAUAUUUCUUUUCCCUGUCACUGAUUUUUGCCUCCCUAAGGGCAGGCCCUCUUCAGUGUCCACUGCUGCUGUCUUCUACUAGUUCUACUUCAUGCUCAUGUCUCAUCCAAAGCACUAAAUAAGUGUUUAAUCAUUAGACAUUGAGAGAAAACAUUUUUUCACGUCUUGUCAAAGAAACAUCAGUUUAUACUGAGAGUAAAGUGGACUGACGAUUCCAUAACCUUCCCUCUGUACACUUUGUGUGAAGCAAUGAGCUCUGAAUGUAGUUUUUAGACUUAUUGGUGACCAUUGGCCUCCUGCACUGGCUUUGUGUUGUCACACGAGAAUAACAAUUAUAUAUAUUUUUUCCUGUGUGUACACUGUUACUCUGGAGGGGAUGUGUGUUGGGGAAGAGGGUGAUCAAUAAAGAAUGUCAAGAACGAAA